UACAUAUCGCGCACACGUCUAGUCUGUUGUAGAGCAGCUCUGAGGGCCUCAGACACGCCGCUACAGACUCCACCACGUCAAUGGAGCCCGCGGCGACCACCGACCUCACGGGCGCGGCUGUGCUGCGGGCAGCGUCUGCAGGCGACACGGCGACUGUGGCGUUUGUUCUGGGGCUACCGGACAAAGUGCGGGCACCGCUGUUGCAAGCGGCAUCGCCACUGGCGGGCACGGUGCUCCACGCGGCGGCACUGGGCGGGCACGCGGCGGUGGUGGCGGCACUGGCAGGCGCCGACGGCGUGGCUGUCGAUGGUCGCGACGGGCGCGGUGAGACGGCGCUGCAUGUGGCGGCGUGGCGAGGACAUGUAGCGGCGGUACAUGAGCUGCUGCGGGCUGGAGCGAGCCGGCGAGCGGUCAACGACGACGGCGAGUGGCCGGUCGACCUCGCCGCGCGCACGCCGCGCGCCGACGACGCGGCCCGCAGCGAGCUGCUGGCCAUGCUCAACGUGCUCCCGCCGGCCGAGUGGGUAGCGUCGCGACGGAAGCAGUGA